AUGAUCUCUCUGGACGAUCUAACUGCCAACAAUUUGGGCCUGAUUAACGUGAUAGCAUACGCGUCUUAUUCAGAUCAGGAGCUCGAGGAAAUCAAAGAGUCCGGAGAACUAGCGCAGUAUGCCUACUACAACGAGGUCCCCGUGGGCUUGGUGAUCUGCAAGCCUCUCCAGCCUGUGAGCUCAAAAUCGCCUGCAGGUCUGCUGAUUGAUAAACUGUGCGUGCUGCCUGCCUACAGCGGUAAGUAUGGCCUCGAAGAUAGCUUGCUGGAGUACGUCGAGAAUGUUACGAGAAAGAGACACCUGGAUAAAAUAUAUGUGGUCACCGAGGACCCAAGCCAAUGGCACAAAUUUGGCUUCGUGUACGAAGACGCCUCGCAAGAACUCUAUCGGAACCUCAACCUGUCCGUUUCUGACGACACCAACAUCGGUCGUCUUUCCAUUCCAGGAACCCACAACUCUGCUGCGUGCCACACUGCCCUUCCUUCUGUCCAAUGCCAGGGCGCAUCUGUCACCAAACAGUUGGAGCACGGCGUUCGGUUCUUGGACGUGAGACUGUCCCGCAACUUCAUUACAACGCACGACGACGACGAGCACCGGAACGACCUGAUUGUCAUUCACGGCAAUUUCCCCGUCAAGCUGCUCGGAUCUGUCAAGUUCAGCGAGCUUUUGGACGAAGUGUAUAAUUUCGUCGACAAGCACCCUUCGGAGUUUGUGAUUUUGUCCCUUAAGCAAGAGGGCACCGGCACGUGGGACAACCAGAACGACGAGUUUGCCAAUGUCAUAAACGACCGAUUCAUCUCGAAGAACAGGGACAAAUGGUAUCUGCGCUCAGAGCUGCCAGCAUUGAGAGACUGUCGAGGUAAGAUUGUCUUGUUCAGGCGUUUUGGUGUCCAGAGCGGGGAGAAGCAAGGCUCUUUGGGUAUUCCUGCCCCAUCGUGGUCUUACAACACCACGGAUGACGACAGAGGAUGUAUCAGGGUCCAAGAUUUCUGUGAGAUCAAGACUGAGCAAGAUAUUCCGAAGAAGGCGGAGUACGUCAAAAACAUGAUCAACAACGCCAAGAGCUACAACAGUACCAACAGCGACCCGAAGCUGUUCAUCAACUUUUGCUCGGGAUCGAACUUUUUUGACCGCGACUGCUGGCCAGAGAAGGUCACCGAGGGUCUGAUGGUGGCCAGCUUGGACGAGUGCUACGGCAAGGGAUGUGGUACGGUGAUUUUGGACUACAGUGAGAAGAACGACUGGAAGCUGGUCAAGAAGCUGGUUGACCAGAACUUUUAG